AUGACGGGUGUACAUUCUGGGAGAAUUGACGAUGAGGAGGUGGAGGACCUGCUGAGAAUGCUGGAGGGAGAUGCAGGAGUCAUAGCAGCAGCAGAUGCGCCGGCUGGUGGUGGGCUUGACAAUGCUGACAGGGUUGAAGGAACUGAACGAACUGACAGGCCUGACAGGGCAGUGGAAACUGACGCUUGUAAAACAGUUCCGGUUGACACUGUGAGUACGGACUUGGCCGUCCAACCAGACCACAUGGGACUAACGGAGAGCAAAAUGGGGGAGCUGGGGAGCAGUGGGCAGGCAGCAGAGGAGGGGAGAGACAGCAGCAAGGAGCUGGCAGGGGCGGGGGAAUGGGGAGGGCUCGACUCGAUGUUUGACCCGGAUGUGCUGGCGAGCUUUGAAGAGGACCUGGGGAGGGAGUGGGAGUACAGGGUCUCGUUGGCAGAGCUGGUGGAGCAGGAGGAGGAGCAGCUGGACAGAGAGGUGCGGCAGCAGCAGGCGGGUGCAGGUGAGGAGCAGAAUGAGCAGCCUGACCAGGAGCCACGGUCACGGCAGUGUGAGGGGGAGGAGGAGGAGGAGGAGGAGGACGAGAAAAAUCAAGUGCAGCAGCAGCAGGAGAAGGAGCAGCAGGAGGAGGAGCGACAGCUGGAGUCAGCAAGAACAAAUCCUGCAGUUCGGGUUCCAAAGAGAUCAAUAUCAGGCGUGAGCGUGAAUUCAGAUGGAGGUUUCAUUAUUGAUGGGUUUGAGGACUUUCUCAUGGAAGCAGAGGAAGAAGAGGCGGCUUUCCUGCAGCAGCAGCAGCAGCAGCAGCAGGGUUGUAAACCGGACAACGAUCAAGCGCAAGCACAGGUCCAUCAAUCUCCCAGGGUGCGAAUUGAAGCAGAUGAUGAGUUGGGUGAUGCGCAGGAAGCGGGAUUUGAGGAUGAUUCUUUGUUCGACCCGGAGCUCCUUGCCACCAUGGAGGCAGUUUUCCACAGGCAUGAUCCUGCUGACUGGCGCCGCCUCACCCCCUUGUCCAGCCCCAUGCCCCACGGACCCAACUCCCCCGCACCCAACUCCCCCGCACCCAACUCGCCGGGAGCUUCCCUCUUCGCUCCUGGCUCGCCUGCCGCUGCAGUCGACGCCAUGGCUGCUGCUGUGGGCAGGAUGAGAAUUCCGGCUCGGGCAGGGCAGAGUCCUCGGCGGGGCAAGCCGCCCCUGCAGAGUCCGAGGGCUCGGCUGACCAGCCCGCGGCCCCAGGCUCCUAGUCCACGCAGGUCCUUCAGCAGUAUGAGUCCCCGCAGGGGGGGAACGGGUGAGACUUCUCGGAGGGUAUCAACGGGUGAGAUUCCUCACGGUGCUACUGGGAGGGAUGGGCAACGGGCGGGGUAUCUUGGAGGUUCGGGUCGGGGCUGGUUGACUCCAGGGUUGGUGAUGUCCGGGAUUGGAGGGGUGGUGGGCUUGGCCAGUAUGGUGACUGCUGAAGAGAGGAAAACGGAAGUAUCUGAGCGCGGUUUGGAACAGUCAGGAGAAAAAGAUACAGGCGGCUCAAGAAGGGUUAUGGAUGGUCAGACGGCGGCCCCAUCUGAGAUGCUUGGAUCAGGAGAUUCAGGCUUCCUUGAGAGAGUCGAUCCGAGCCAAGGAAGCGUUUCUAGGGCCCAUAAGCCAAGUGCUGUGUGCUCUGCUGAGGCUGGCUCAAGGGCUGAGGGAGCCGGAGCUGAAGGAGGUGAUGUGGCAAGAACUGGUAGUGGAGAGGUGGUAUCUUCUCCGGUCGAAGGGGUGCGCUUGAGACAGUCUGGGGGCUCUGAGUUGGUGGCUGAAGCUGAGACUAUGUGUGCGGUUAUGAAAGCGCCUAACGGGAGUGGGAGGAUGUUGCUGGAAAGCUUUCCAGUAAACUGUCCACCAGGAGGGGAUGGGAAGGUUGUUUUGUACAUGACAACGCUUCGAGCAGCGAGCCAAACUUUUGAAGAUUGUAUGCAAGUGCGACUUGUUCUCAGGGCGCUAGGAGUAUUGUUCGAGGAACGUGAUGUGUCCAUGCGCGUUCACUUUCGUCAAGAGUUAAAAACCCUAAUGGGAAUCGCAUCUUUGUCAGUGCCGCACCUCUUUGUCCGUGGCCGCUAUAUUGGAGGAGCUGAUGAUGUUCAACAGCUUCAUGAACAAGGCCUCCUUGCCUCAAUCUUAGAAGGUCUUCCAGUCAACAUGUCACCGAGAGGCAGCUGGCUGGGUAUUAGUGAGACUCCUUUCCUGCAUCUUAAGAAACAGCUGUCGGAGAUGUCAGAGCACUCACCGCUGUAUCCAAAGCGGCUGUCGUUCACUCAUGAUAUGUCACAGAGCCCGCGAAGCAUCAGUCAAUGGAUGAGCUCGCCGUCGAAUCAGUCGCUUUUGUGGGCUAUUCUCGUUAGCUUCCUUCUCUUCUCCAUCGCCUUCAUUGUAUUCCAUCCCCACCCUGAUGCUGACAAGAUGUCUCGCGAGCCGAGAACCAUCGAAAUCAUGAAUGUGGACCUUUCAUCGAACAGAAAAUUCCGUGCCGCUCGCAUAAGCUAUGACGCUUCUCAGGCAUGGACUAUUGUAGAAGGUCAGCUAACGGCCAUACUUGAAGAACACUCCCCUGACGAUGACCCGGUGGCCUUAGAGGCCCAACAGUUUCAAGCAAUCGCCAGUAUGACGGAGGACUGA